GCCUGGGGAGAAAUUGCCAUGAAUUAACACAGAGCCUGUACACCUUCCACCACAAACCAUCCAGGUGUUAGGUCCUCUGUGGCUUCUAAGACUUGAUAUGGACUGUUAACUUAGCAUCCCACUCACACAGCACCACCACCACUUCCUCUGUUUUAAAAAACUCUGAGAUGUGCCCAAGCCAGUGAGAGAUGGUAGCGUAAGUCCUGGUCAUCUCCAAGGUUAUACGAGUCUCUCACCUGUCCUAACACUGUCUAAGAUAGCCCGUGGCACCGAGAUUCCUCAUGGGAUUUGCCCCCAUCUAAAAACAUCCACAUUUGGGAAUUCCCUGGUGCUCCAGUGGUUAGGACUUUGCGCUUUCACUCACAGGGCCCAGGUUCGAUCCCUGGUCAGGGAACUAAGAUCCUGCAAGCCACAGGGUGCAGCCAAAAACAAAUAAACAAAUAAAAACGUCCACAUUCCCACAAGGAUCGGGGAGGGGGUCAUGACAGGGAGGUAUUUAAGCCCCAGAUUAGAAUUGGUUGUUAACUUUCGUAUAGGCCGGGCAGCCAGACCCAUUUCUGCUCCUGGCUCCCAGGCUGUUCCACCUGUCGUGCCCAACCAGAGGCCAGUGGGAAGCUACCUGUUCUAUUGAAGCAGGAACUAGGAGAGGCCCAGUGAAGUAUCCGUCCACAGUGGACUGGACCAGCUUCUUUCAAAAAUGACCCUACACCACAGAUUGGGGCUGCAAACUAAGAUUGAGGGAGGGGUCUUGGUGCUUGGUUUGGGGCCACUGCCGUGACCUUGUUCUGUUAGGCCCCUACUGUUUCCAUAGAGGCUGGGCCCCAAAGAACUCGGUGAGCCUUCGUGGUGGAGCGCAGGUGGAGUGGAUUCGUUGAGAAAGGUGCUCAGGAUACGUUCCACGAAAAGGUCUUGGCAGUAGAAGAACCAGGGUCAAGAAAGGCCUUCGUGGUCUACAAUUCUCACACGGAGCCUUCGGCCCCAAACCACCAAGCCGGUUCGAGAAGGCUGGGACUAGAUCCGGACUGUCUUGAGAGAAAGCCUCCUCUCAGGGGGGUAGGUACGCAAGUUUUGAAACAGGGCAUCCUGCUCGCAAUUUUCCCGUUUGCGUGUGAAACGUGCAGAGAGCCCACGCUCGCCUUUAAUCCUUGUGUAAAGGGAAUCCUAACUCCACGGAGAAGGGAAACGGGCGCAGGAGAACAAUGACUAAUGGGGAUUAGAACCCAGGUCUCCUACCGUGGUAUCCCCGCCCUCUCUGCGCCGCUGGCGCCGGCUCGGAGCUCCCCCCACGUACCCGCAGCCCUACCCGGGGCCAGGUGAGGGCUCUCCCCGCCUCCCAUCGCGGGGGCAGAGAUGCCCCCCACCUGGGGCUUCCAGAAGGCUGAGGGGUCCCAGGUGCGGGGCGGGGUCCGAGCGCGCCCGCGAUUGGCGCGCGGGGCGGCGGGGGAGGUAAAGGCCAGGGGCAGAAGGGGGUGGGAAGAACCCGGCCGCCCCGCGCGCCCCCGCUGCCGGGGUGAGCGCACGUGGGCGCCGAGCGCGGGGCCGCGCGCCCACCAUGAACUCCAGCGGCCCGGGUUACCCGCUCGCCUCGCUCUACGCGGGCGACCUGCACCCCGACGUGACUGAGGCCAUGCUCUACGAGAAGUUCUCGCCCGCUGGCCCCAUCCUGUCCAUCCGUGUGUGCCGCGACGUGGCCACCCGCCGCUCGCUGGGCUACGCCUACAUCAACUUCCAGCAGCCGGCCGACGCGGAGCGGGCACUGGACACAAUGAACUUUGAGGUGAUCAAAGGCCAGCCCAUCCGCAUCAUGUGGUCCCAACGAGACCCAGGACUUCGCAAGUCGGGUGUCGGCAACAUCUUCAUCAAGAACCUGGAAGACUCCAUUGACAACAAGGCCUUGUACGACACCUUCUCCACCUUUGGGAACAUCCUCUCUUGCAAGGUGGUGUGUGAUGAUCAUGGCUCCCGAGGCUUUGGCUUUGUGCAUUUUGAGACCCACGAGGCUGCACAGAACGCCAUCAGCACCAUGAACGGGAUGCUGCUGAAUGACCGCAAAGUCUUCGUUGGCCACUUCAAGCCCCGACGGGAGCGGGAUGCAGAGCUGGGAGCUCGGGCCAUGGAGUUCACCAAUAUCUACGUGAAGAACCUCCACGUGGACGUGGAUGAGCAGUGCCUGCAGGACCUCUUCUCCCAGUUUGGGAAGAUACUGAGUGUCAAGGUGAUGAGGGAUGACGGCGGCCACUCCCGCGGCUUUGGCUUUGUCAACUUUGAGACGCAUGAGGAAGCCCAGAAGGCUGUGAUGGACAUGAACGGGAGGGAGGUGAGUGGACGGCUGCUCUACGUAGGCCGGGCCCAGAAGCGGGUGGAGCGGCAGAAUGAGCUGAAGCGCAGGUUCGAGCAGAUGAAGCAGGACCGGCUGACCCGUUACCAGGGCGUGAACCUGUAUGUGAAGAACUUGGAUGACUCCAUCGAUGAUGAGAAACUGAGGAAAGAGUUCUCUCCCUAUGGAGUGAUCACCAGUGCCAAGGUGAUGACAGAGGGUGGCCACAGCAAAGGGUUUGGCUUUGUGUGUUUUUCCUCUCCAGAAGAGGCGACGAAGGCCGUGACAGAGAUGAACGGGCGCAUCGUGGGGACCAAGCCACUGUACGUGGCACUGGCCCAGCGCAAGGAGGAGCGGAAGGCCAUCCUGACCAACCAGUACAUGCAGCGCCUCUCCACCAUGCGGGCCCUGGGCAGCCCCCUCCUGGGCUCCUUCCAGCAGCCUGCCAGCUACUUCCUGCCCGCUACGCCCCAGCCUCCAGCCCAGGCCCCAUACUAUGGCUCUGGCCCACCUGUCCAGCCUGCCCCCAGGUGGACGGCCCAGCUACCCAGACCCUCGUCCGCCUACCCGCCUGCGGCCUCGGUUGUCCAGCCAGCAGCCGUGUCUCGGCGCCCCUCGUUCCCCAUCGGCAGUGCCAGGCAGAUCUCCACCCACGUGCCGCGCCUGGUGCCCCACGCCCAGGGAGUGGCCAACAUCGGUACCCAGACCACAGGACCCGGUAUGGCAGGAUGCUCUUCACCAAGGGGGCCUCUCCUGACACACAGGUGUUCCUUGGCAACACACAACACCCACCGGGUCCAGGAGCCUGCUGUGCGUGUCCCCGGACAGGAGCCCCUGACUGCGUCCAUGCUGGCCGCAGCGCCGCUGCACGAGCAGAAGCAGAUGAUCGGUGAGCGUCUCUACCCCCUCAUCUACAAUGUCCACACCCAGCUGGCUGGCAAGAUCACGGGCAUGCUGCUGGAGAUCGACAACUCGGAGCUGCUGCUCCUGCUGGAGUCCCCAGAGUCCCUCAACGCCAAGGUGGGCUGGAGCCUGCGAGGAGCGGGGAGGCCUGGGGGCAGAGGAGGGUUACGGAUCAAGGCCUCUCCUAGGCGAGCUGGUAGGCUGCUGCUUAGACAGGUGAAGUGUAUCUUCUUGCUGAAAUCAGCUAACACCCGCAGAAUGUGGAGGUGGCAGAGGGCCUUAGUGAAGGGCCGGCUACUUCAGCCCCUGCGGCCUCCCUGCAGCUCCCCAGGCAAGACUGUGCGACAGGGCGCUGUGUUCUGACCCAGACUAAGGGUUAGGGUUCCCCCAGCCGUCUGGCAGUGUAGAAGGUGGCCGUGGGUUUCUGCCAUGGGAGCCAGUGAGCACAGUCAGAGGGGGCGACGGGGCUGGGCGCGGGCCUUCUCGCGUCCGGUGGGCCAAGGCGGGGAGGCAGGGCUCUCCCAGGACCCUGCUGGGGCAGCUGCACCAACCCCUCCCCCGUGUGUCCCACAGGUCGAAGAGGCCCUGGCGGUGUUGCAGGACCACCAGGCCACGGAGCAGACCUGAGUGCACGUGCGCCGGGACCAGGUGGGUGGUGGUCAGGGGAAGGGUGCCGAAGCAGCCGAGCCCAGAAGCUGUACAGAGCUGGGGAGGGACGUUCACAGACUCCCAGAGAACGCUGUGGUGUCACUGGCUUAUCUCGGAGGCACCAAGGGGUUCAGGGGAAGCUGUGACGAUCAAAGGCAAGGAGGACAGACUGCGUGAUGGGAACUGGCGUGGACUCCAGUGCCAAGUGGGCCGGCCGGCCGGCCGCCCCGGCGGCCUCGCUCAGGAUAGGCUGGCCUUCCCCCGGGCACCGCCUGGCCCCACGCAACCUGCCGGAACGCCUGGCUUGGGCUCGUCUGUGUCCUUGCUUGAAGACUGGGUGUCUGCCAUGCUUUAGAAACAUUUAUUUUUUUCAUCCCCAGAAAAUGGACUCCUUACUCCCUUGGCUGACAAGAGAACUGCGUUUCCUGCUCUUGGCUCUAAGGCCCUGUGAACCGUAACUUCCCAACUGGGCUGUAUCUGCACUUGAGCUUUUUGUGGAAUGAAGGCUGGUCACCCGGCCAGCCUCUUACCUGUUGCUUUGUGCAUUAAAAGUGCUGCAAACUCCGUCUUGUCUCCCAGGAGGUCUUCUUGUGUCAGAGGGAGGUGGGCAGAGCAAAGGGUAGCCUUGACUGGGCUGGGGCUUUGGCUGUAAGAAACAGGAACAGAAACCCAAAGGCGCGCUGCGCUAACGCACACAGAGGGCGUGUAAACCGUGCACCAGACAGAGCAGAGCUGCCAGGAGCUGAGCAGGACGACCUGUAAGGGCCCCAGAGGAGCAGCCGCCACCCACCAACCGUGCGGCGGGGGGCUAAGC